AUGUUUAACCCACAAGAUCAUCCUGGUUCUCCUCCACCACCAUCACCCUCAAAUUCAUCCUCAUCUACUCCUCCUAGUGAAUCCCCAAAACCUAGGUUUCGAAGGCAGAAAAUGUUGGCUCAAAAAACAGUAGCAUCUGGGGCUCUAAGAAAGGUUUUAAAUGAAAGGUUGAAAGCUAGCCAAGUGAAAAAUAGCCCAGCUCCAAAUUCUGAUUCCAGUUCUGGGGGAAGUGGGUCUGGAGAGGCUGCUGAGGGGUUGGUUCAUCUGAGCAAAAGGAGAGAUGAAACUGUUUCAUCUACUAAAGAGAACCUAGCUGAUCUACUGAGAAAGAUUGGGACAAGUUAUGACCCAAAGAAAUGCAAAGCUACCACACCAAAAGCCCCAAAUGUUGCCAAUCCAUCCAAGAAAAGAAAAACUUCAUCCCCAAAACCUACUGCCUCUUCAAUGCCUAAGGGAAGAGCCACAAGAAGCAGGGUAAAACAAAGUGAAGCUGACUUACAAAAGGCUCUAGAAGAAAGCAAGAAAAGGAAAAUGGAGAAGGGAAAGGGAAAGGUUAACGAAUCCUCUGAGGGUGUAGAGGAAGAGGAGAUGGAACUGGUCCAUCAAGAAAGGGGUACAAUAGUGGAGGCUUCUACACCUAAACAUAAAAAAUCCAAGACCUCUUCCAAGAAGUCUUCUUCUGUACCUGUGUCUGCUGUACCCUCACUAGCCAAGAGGACAAGAUCUGUAGUAAAAACUAAACAAGCAAAAGUUUCAGAUGAUGAAGAGUGGAGUGGAAAAUAA